GCAGCAGCAGCAGAAGCAGCGCCCGCCGCCUGCCGCCUCCAUGGCUCUCUGCAACGGAGACUCCAAGCUGGAAAACGCUGGCGGAGACCUGAAGGAUGGCCGCCAUCACUAUGAAGGAGCUGUCGUCAUUUUGGAUGCUGGAGCUCAGUAUGGAAAAGUCAUAGACCGAAGAGUCCGAGAGCUGUUUGUGCAGUCCGAGAUCUUCCCCUUGGAAACCCCAGCCUUUGCCAUCAAGGAGCAAGGAUUCCGAGCUAUCAUCAUCUCCGGAGGGCCAAAUUCUGUGUAUGCGGAAGAUGCUCCCUGGUUUGACCCUGCCAUAUUUACCAUUGGGAAGCCAGUCCUUGGAAUUUGCUAUGGCAUGCAGAUGAUGAAUAAGGUGUUUGGAGGAACUGUGCACAAAAAAAAUGUUCGAGAAGAUGGAGUUUUCAGCAUCAAUCUGGAUAACACAUGUUCACUGUUCAGAGGCCUUCAGAAAGAGGAGAUUGUGUUGCUUACACAUGGAGACAGUGUAGACAAGGUGGCCGAUGGAUUCAAGGUGGUGGCCCAGUCUGGGAAUAUUAUAGCCGGAAUAGCAAAUGAAUCCAAAAAACUCUACGGAGCACAGUUCCACCCUGAAGUUGGUCUAACCAAAAACGGGAAAGCGAUCCUGAAGAACUUCCUCUACGAUAUCGCCGGGUGCAGUGGGACCUUCACGGUGCAGAACAGAGAGCUCGAGUGUAUUCGUGAGAUCAAAGAGCGAGCCGGCACUUCUAAAGUUUUGGUUUUGCUCAGUGGCGGAGUUGACUCGACGGUCUGUACUGCUCUUCUGAACCGGGCUCUGAACCAGGAUCAAGUCAUUGCGGUGCAUAUCGACAAUGGCUUCAUGAGGAAGAGGGAAAGCCAGUCUGUGGAAGAGGCACUCAAAAAGCUAGGAAUUCGCGUCAAAGUGGUAAACGCAGCCCAUUCUUUCUACAAUGGCACAACAACCCUGCCCAUCUCAGAUGAAGACAGAACUCCACGUAAAAGGAUUAGCAAGACUUUGAACAUGACCACAAGUCCUGAGGAAAAAAGAAAAAUCAUCGGAGACACCUUCGUGAAGAUUGCCAAUGAAGUAAUUGGAGAAAUGAACCUGAAACCCGAGGAAGUCUUCCUCGCUCAAGGAACUCUGAGACCAGAUCUAAUUGAAAGUGCUUCCCUGGUUGCAAGUGGCAAGGCCGAGGUCAUCAAAACUCACCACAAUGACACGGAGCUCAUCAGAAAGUUGAGAGAAGAGGGCAAAGUAAUAGAACCGCUCAAAGACUUUCACAAAGACGAAGUGCGAGUUUUAGGCCGAGAACUUGGUUUGCCAGAAGACCUGGUGUCCAGGCAUCCAUUUCCAGGUCCCGGCCUGGCAAUUAGAGUCAUCUGUGCUGAAGAGCCUUAUGUUUGUAAAGAUUUUCCCGAAACCAACAACAUCCUGAAAAUAGUAGCUGACUUUUCUGCAAGUGUUAAAAAGCCACACACAUUAUUGCAGAGGGUCAAAGCUUGCACGACCGAGGAGGAUCAGGAAAAGUUGAUGCAGAUCACAAGCCUACAUUCACUGAAUGCCUUCUUGCUGCCAAUCAAAACUGUGGGAGUGCAGGGUGACUGUCGUUCAUAUAGCUAUGUAUGUGGAGUUUCCAGUAAAGAUGAUCCAGACUGGGAGUCUCUUAUGUUCCUGGCCAGGCUCAUUCCACGCAUGUGUCACAACAUUAACAGAGUGGUCUAUGUAUUUGGUCCUCCAGUGAAGGAACCGCCCACAGAUGUUACUCCCACUUUCUUGACGACGGGGGUGCUCAGCACUUUACGUCAAGCGGAUUUUGAGGCUCAUAGCAUUCUCAGGGAGUCUGGUUAUGCUGGGAAAGUCAGUCAGAUGCCAGUGAUCUUGACCCCACUGCAUUUUGAUCGGGACCCUCUUCAGAAGCAGCCGUCCUGUCAGAGAUCCGUGGUCAUUCGAACCUUCAUUACUAGUGACUUCAUGACUGGCAUUGCAGCAACACCUGGAAAUGAGAUCCCUGUAGAGGUGGUGUUGAAGAUGGUCACCGAGAUUAAGAAGAUUCCUGGCAUUUCUCGGGUAAUGUACGAUUUGACAUCCAAGCCUCCAGGAACUACUGAGUGGGAGUAAUAAACUUUUUUACUAAUAAUGGAAGUACUGUGUGCAGUAUGAAUUUAUCCGAAACCAUUCCCAGUGUUGACAUGCAGUACUGUGAAAAGAGUGAUUGGAGCUGCCACAUCACAUCUGAUUCCUCUCCUGGAGCGUAAAUCUACAGUUCCGAGCCGUGUUGGGGAUAACUGCAAAUUGGGGCUGAGAAUCUGUACGGGUAAAUAUUCAAGGCACCCUUGUUUGUGCUCAGACAGUUUCAUAUUGCUUAUGCCUUUAUUUUAAUGAUGCUCUCUGUUCGCCUGUGUUUUAUCGUUGUUCUCAUUUCAGUGUCUUUGUGUUCUCUCAAGGUGUUAUUGUCAUGGGAUGCUUCCAUGUAAUGGGGGGCUGGGACGGGGGCGAGGAGGAGAGAAGCGCACAUGGCUUCACAAGCCUCCAGAAGUGGUUGGAGGCACCGGUGUGUGCCGACGGGGUAUGGAAAACCCAGGUUUCUGGUCCGUAACCCCCGUUUCUCCCAAGGUGAUAUCCAGGGAGGUGAGUCCCGCGACCUUGGAGCUCUAGAAUCUGGCACUUAUUCGGGAUGGAAAAGUCUGUAGGAUUUCUCGCAAUCCCAGGGUUUUCUUGUCUCGUUUCUUAGAGGACACCCUAGCAGUCAUGGUUAAAAUUCAAAGCAGUGUAAUGUCUUCAAGAAGAAGACCCUCUCUCGUUUCUGUUCCUUAUUUGCCAGGUUCUCAUUCUUGCCAUCUUUUCCACUUAGACUAAAGGAGGUAAUAAGGAAUUUUUGGCUUCUGGGGAAUUUUUCCUCUCCUCCUUAUCUAACUUCCAUCCUGGUGAGUCUGAGGAGGAAGAAUGCGUUGUCCCACUUUCCUCCAGAAAACAGGCCUUGUUUUUCCCAACCAUAUACCAGCCGGAGGAGGGGCACCCUCUCUUCUCCUGCCCUCUUAUACUCCAGAAAAGACCUUGCUUCUGUCUAGAGGGUGAAUUCUCUGUGCCGUUGCCUCCUUGCAGAAUGAAGCAGGAUUAGGGGAAUUAGCUUAGUUGGUUUGGUAUGUGGAACUUGGGACUGACUCUUGGAGCUCAAAGAUUUCCAGGCCUGCCCUAACCCCUAGCACGUGCGGCAUAUGGGUGCUCAGAGAAGGAGCAUGUAAAUCCAGGCUGUAUUUGUGUAACUCCAGUUGCCCCUUCACCUUAGUGUCCUUUGUCUGAAGGGAGGUCUUCGAAAUCCUGUUGCCACCUAGUUACCAUGCCAACCCCUCCUGAGGUGGCCAUGCAAAGCCCUCCACCUAAGUCUUUCCAAUUCUGGAUCCUUCCUCCCAGCUCGCUCCCAGGAGUCCCUUAGGACUACACGGAUGUAAAAACCUUACCCACCCCUGCAAACCUACCACCAACAAGCUCUUACGGUUAUAAGUUGAGGGCAUUUAGUCAUCCUGUAACACCUCUUGCUCAUCUCUUGUUCUCCUCCUUCCCUCUCCAGACGCUCCUACCCACCCCGAAGGGAGAUUAAGGGGAGUCCCAGAGGAGACAGGGAUUGUGCCCAACUCGAUCAUACCGUGUUUACCCCAGUGCUUAGUGCAGUGCUUGCAUAGAGUAGGUACUUAGCAAAUGCCACCAGUAUCACUGUCAUUAUUAUUGUUAUUUCAUUCCUGGGUCUUUAACAUCAUCAGGUGAAAAUGCCAAAGCAUUUUAAAGCCCUAGCCUGGGCCAACCCCUUUCAGGAAACAGGGAGUGCAGCCCAAUAGUAGAGGCCUUGCACAGCACCCUCUCUUUGCCAGUUUUAGGGGCAGUGCGCAGUGCUUCCUCAGGUGAGGUUGGCACAGUGUUUUUUCCACUCCGGGAAUUACCCGAAAUGGCCAAGGAGCUGGAGAAUGUCGUGUCCACCCACUCAGUCUCUUACCUGCUUGUGGGGAGAUACAGUCUUCCCACAAAGCCUGUGUCUUUGAUGAAGAACAGUAGCUGAUUAGCUGUGUGUUCUCAAAUCUGAAAGAUUUUAACUCACUCAGAGUUGCACCACAAAUACCCACAUUUCUGGUAAGAUGGGGCCACUUUUCCAACUCGAGGCAUUGUCUUUUGGGCUGACUUUAUUAUUCCAUGUUUUAUCACAGGUCUCUAAGGUGCCUCUUUGCUGUCAAGCGGGUCUCCUUUCCCUAGUGAAACUGAUCAAACCAGCAUUUUAAAUAGGAUUAGCAGUUCAGUGAGUAUCACCAAAACCUGCUCCCAGCCGUAGGGUUCGUAGUGAAUCUUUAAAGCCAUAUGCUGAUUUUCUGUUAUCAGUUAGAGUACUUAUGGAAGUGGCCUCAUCCCAGUCUCUGAAAGAGUCUAGGAUCUGUCAAGAAGGGAGAUAAAAGAAACACCACAGUAUCUGGGCCUCAUAACAGUCCCAGAACUGCCUCUGUCUAUACAUGAAAUGGUCCAGGGGACCAUUAGGCAGUAAGGGUUUUCCCAUUUCGAGCGAUCAACAACUUCUGAAAUUCACCAUCUUGGUAUACGUUCAAGAGCUUCUAAUUUCUUCAUCAGGUAGCAGUGACCCCUGCCUCUGUUGGUUUUGUACAGCUCCCUUGGUGAGUGGGCUACAAACUCAGGGGUCUUUGGUCCCAGACUCUUCAUGAAAGGGCCUUGCCCGUAGAUGAGGUAGAAAUGAGAACAACUGGGCAUUUAGUGAAAGAAUUCAAGGACUCCCCAAAUCCAAACACCACUCUGUUGCUAAUAAGAAAUAAAAUAGAGUCCCGAUCCCAAUUCCAGCCUAACAAAUUUUCUGUGUCACCGGAAUUCCAUUCUAAUGGACGGGUGCCUUGGGGGUGAAGAGCCUUGACCUCUGACUCAGUCACUUCUGCCCAGCAGUGUGGGGGGCGUGAUUACAGCCCACCCUGUACUCCCUCCCUGAACCUAAACAUAACCACAAAUAAGGUCUUACAGCAGACGAAGCAACUUGGACACAGUCUUGUGAGCACGUGGAACGCCAAAGGCUUCAGAACACUGCACCAGGCAUCGAUACAGACCCUGCGGCAGCAUAUUUUCUCUUUGAGGUUGUGCCAUGCAUUUCCCUGCAUCCUUUUCCCCCACUCUUCCCUAUCUGGGGUGAAAGAGGAUGCAUGGUUUUUCCUGUCUUUAAGGUAGUCGUGACUCCAAACUGAUGAAAUGGCAGGCAGACCCAAUCUAGGGGCCCAAACUCAUUAGGAGCACAUUCGGAAUUCCAAGAGGGCCCUAACCAUCAGGCGGACCAGGCAAAACUACCGUCCAGUUAGUUGUCAGUGGACAGGUUUACCCCUCCCAUGUUGGGACGGGGGCUCAUUCACCAAGGCCGCCACACCCGCUAAGAAAUCAUCCGGUCGUUGGGGUUCGCAGAGCAGCCUUGGGGUCCUCAUGACGGACAUUUAAUCCUGUUACCGUCUCGCCGCCAUGAAGCCAAAGCGGAGCCUUGUCAUCAGCAGUACAAUAUCUCUUCCCUAAAGAGUUCAUCGACGCUCUUUGACAAUCCCCUCUCCAGUCUGCUGUGUUCUCACCUCCACCUGAUAGGGGGACGAUGGCCAAAGUUUUAAGCGUGGCAGCGAUUAGAAACCGUGUUCACCGGGCUACCAUUCUCUAGUUGUCAAAUCUGUCACUCGUCUGGGGUCACCUGCUGUGGCCGUAUUCCCUCCCUGGAGAAUUAAGGGUCACCUAUCUAGGUUUUCCGAAAGGCAUAUCAGCCUCAGCAGGUAAUCCAAACUCACUGAAGGUACACCGAGCCUUCCUUUCUCUGUAGGCUGGGGUCACGGUGCUAGCCGAAUCUGCAGACUAUCCCCACUAGAUCACAAGCUCCUCGAAGGCCGGGAGUGUGUGUUUUACUUCUAUGGCAUGAUCUCCAAGCACCUAAGGUAGGGCUCUGCGCAUAGUAGACAUUGAAGAGAUACAAGUGAUGCUUUCUGUUCGUCAAGUUCAAGAGGUCGGACAGCCUAAUUGCAGAGGUGCGCUUUAGAAGUAGAAUUAUUAAGGUGAAGGGAAUCCCAUCGAAUUCUGGGAGUCUUGCUAUCCUGAGCAGCCCAAAGUUCUGUAAACACCUGCAUGGGACUCUUUGACGUGAAAUAGACACUUACAGAGAACUCAGGUUACAGGUACGUAACCCACGUUGUCGUUUUUUUUUUGUAUACUGUGUAAAAAGAGGCAGUUUAUUUACCAAAACCAUUCUUACAACUAAUAAUGUAAAAUGGAAAACUAAUGUGACCAACUGCUUUUGAACAGAUUUAUUAUAAAUAAAUAUUUUGCCAAAUGGAGUAGUAGAUAGUGUUGAGUUGUGGAAUUAAUGUGUACAUUUGUUGGCCGUGUGGUGUUAAGCCCGUUCCAUAUUGUUCGAAGUAUUAGCCCUUGGCAAUAAGGUUGAAAUCAAAAUACCUUCUUUGCUAAAAUAGUGUGAAAUGACCUUUCCCCCUUUCUCUCUCUCCUUGUGGUUUUCUAUCCUUUUCUUAUCCACAGGAAAAAAAAGUGCGUGUACGUGCGAGAGUGAGUGUAUAUAACAUUUACCUUUCUCAAGAAGCUUCAGUGUCCGUGGCAUAAUGAGAAGAAGUGGGGUGGGGGGUCAUAGGAAAAUGAAUGGUUCUAGUGAUACAGUGGCUUGCGACCCUAUCAACACUGAGCCUAAAACCUGAGUAGCGUUUUAUCAAUCAAUAAUGAGGGGUGUCUUUCUUCUCUCUGCAGAAGAAAUCUUGAAAAUGUCUGCAACACUUCUCCAGAUGUUGCAUAUUUCUUUCCCCUUUGGGCGGUCGUAGUUUCUCUGUGAUUUGUCUCGUCUCAAGAAAUGCUUUUACGUUUUAAGUCCGAUUUAAAGAGGGGUUGGUUCUCUCUUGUGGCAGGAUUGAUUUGGCCCAAGAAUAUACAGCAUUACCAUAGCCAGUUGUUAAUGAUACCCAGAAAGGAGAAUCCCCAAGUUACUAUACAUCUCUGGUAUGUUUUUUUUUUGAGGCCAAAGGCCUCGUGCCUUCGACUACCUGAGAAGUUUGGGUAUUUGCUAUGAUGUCCUUUUUUUUCAGCAUUAUUGUUUUAGACAUCUCAAAUCUAGCCGUUACCCUGAAUGUCCACAAAAUCAAAAACUGAAGUUAUCCUCAGAUGUUUUCCCCGUGAGACCCAUUUUCUAAAAAGCCAUAUGUCACCCGAAAACUGGGAACUUGAUUUUUAGUACCUUACGGUGAAAUUUAGUUAAUUCUGUUGAUUAUUUGCAGUGUUAGGACAGUCAGCUGGGAGUAACCACCUUAACCAACCACAGUGGGUAUUUCGGUAGUGCUGGAAUAAUGAACUAAAGUUGGCCUUUUCAAUUUUUGCUACCUUUAUAUAUGCAGUGUUUUUUUGUGGGGGUGGGGGUGACUACCUUGGCUAAUUAACAUUUAGGGUGUUCUAAGAUCAACUCAUCUCCCCAUAAAAAUAAAUUUUAUGUAGUUUAUGGCCAUUAAAAUCGGGAAAAACCUAAUGCCCAAUAGCUGUUGAACUUCUGUGAAAUCAUCCUAGACAUACUGAUAUUCACAACAUACAUAAAAUCCCUGAAAUAUAAAAUUUAAACUCAAAAUGACAAAAAUGUAUUCGGUGAAAAGCAAGAAAAUUCCAUCUUUUGUCUCUACCGGAAAACAGGUGGUUGUGUCCUAGAAGGUUGAAAUGUCACCAGACAACUCCCCCCACGGGGAAUCAAAUAUAUCCUAAUAGGGUGCUUACCUCUUUCAUGUACUACGAAUUGAUUAUCAUAACUAUAUUGAGGGAAAGUAGUAUUUUUCUGUAUUUGCAUUGAUCUAGUAGUAUGCAGAUGUAAUUUACUCAAAAAAGAAAUAAGAAUUUUCCGUUUGGCAUGUCACUGAGAAAUACUUUAGGGGAAAGGAAGUGUAGACCAUUUUACGUGAUUAUUGCUGAUGCUCCUGUUUGGGUCAGAGUGGGUUUGAGACGGUCCUGAUUUCCAGUUGCUGAAGGGAGGAUGAAAAGAUCCGUCACCGAAGUAGAAACGUCUUCUAACUUUAAAAAAUUUUGACUUUAGUCAAAAGGAGCGUAAUAUGCAUUCAAUCAUAUUUAUUGAGUGCUUACUGUGUGCAGAGCACUGUACUGAGCAUUUGAAUAAAGAAACAAGUGUCUUUGGUGUUUGUCCUCAGUAUAGUGGAGCCCCAACUUCCAAUUUGUAUUGUCUGCAGUGAAUUGACGAUCGAGAGAAUUGCAUUUUCCUGAUUUGGACAUACAUAAUAAGCAGUUGGAUUAUUUUGCCAAGAAUUGAUAUUGAAGUCUCUCAAGUUAUCUUGGUAGGAGUUGUGCAAGCAAACAUAUCAUAUGAUAUGUGUAUAUCAGAGUUUGAUGUAUACAUUCAUUGGCCUUUGAUCGAAUUCUGUUAGGUUGACAAAAUUUCCUAACAUCACGAGCCCUUGCUUUUUAGAAAAAGCUCUACUAGAGCAGUGAAUAUUUUAACAUACGGUGUAGAACAAGCAGAAUAGCCCGUGUACAUAAUUGUUAUUUUAUUUCAAGUGUAUAAAACAGAGGGGGAAGGAGUCGACAACUUGCAUAGUGUGCAUUUAGGGAAAUGCUGGGUACUUUUGAAACUUAUAGGGUGAGGAUCCGCCUCAUGCCAUCCCAGACAACCUUGAAUGUAUUUUGUGAGCGCAGUGAGAAAACACUUUUCCCAUUCUUUUUGAAAUUCCUUUACCUUUUAGCCUAUUAAAGGAGCAUAAUUGACCUGUACAAUAUGUUCACCUUCAGUCAUUUAGAUAUUUGUUAACAUUACUGGAAAAAAAAAUUGUAUUGGGGUCUUUUCCCCCAAUUUUCAAUUUUUUUUAUUUUUUUCCUGCUUGUGAAACAAUAUAAAAGUACUGUGAGCCUUAAUUUUUAUCCACAAAUUUUAAAAAUUAAA